ACAUCUUCACCAUCACAAGAUUCCACCAUUUUGCCGCAGACUGCCCUGGAGCAUCCUCCUCGAGCCCCCCCCAAGCAGGAUGGCGAGCCAUGGUCAGGCAGCAGAGCCCGCUCUUGCAGAGCAAGUCCUCUCCAGGAUGCGCUUGGGGGUGGCUGCUGCUGCGAAGGGCUCCCUGGGGUUCUCGAAGAGGGGUCAUCGAGCCUUCCGCAAGCACGCAGGCAGCGUGUGCCGGAGUGUCAACGAGCAACUGGGUUCCGCAGGCCUGUGCUGGACACAAGCAGCAUGGGACGGUAGCUUAGCGGCAGCAAUGACUGGCCUGCAGUCGCUGGUGAACGAACAGGAUAGGAACUUGCUGGAUGGGUACAACCGGGUACUCGCUGCAGUUGAGCGCGCUCACCUGGAGGGGUUAAAGCAGCCGGCAGAGGCCCCCAAGACUCCAAAGCUUCCUGCCUGCUCAAGGCGCAAUCCCCGGGUGUCCAAGAAGGCCGCAGGCGGUGCAGAUCAGCAGACCGUCCGCUGCUCUGUGAAGAUCCCCCAAGGCCGCUUGCUGCAGCUUCAGAUGCCCCGCAGCGCCGACGUGAAGACCUUGAAGGGGGCAAUCUCUGCCCGCACCGCAAUCCCUACCUUGGAGCAGAAGCUGGUGGCAGGAGGGAAGCUGCUUCGCGGCGCCACUCAGCUUGGGGAGGCGUGCGCUGGGGAGGAGCUCGAUGUGGUGGUGAACUUCGGCCUCGCUGGAGGGGCAGGUGGAGCAGACGCUGCAGGUUCCGGCGCCUCGACCAUGGAGGUCAGCGAGGUUUCCCUGAUCACAAUCAGGAGAGGCGACACAGAGGAGACCUGCACACUUGAAGACCCUCCAUACCUCUGCAAGGAUGUCUUGGAUUACCUUGACGUCACGGAAGGCUGGGGCAGAGGAAAGCUGACGAAGACAGGGGGGGAGCGCGAGGUCUCCAUACACACAAGCCGCCAGGUGCCCGCUGGCAGCUACACCUUCAGGGAAGUACGGGCUGUUGUGCGAGGGGGAGGGACCGAGGGCGCAGGCCAUUCCGGGGACGUGGCAAUGCCGGAUGUUGACUACAGGAGAUCUGCUGGAACGGGGCAGACCGGUGAAGAUGGGGGCCCGUCUGAGGACGUCAUGAUGCGGGACGUAUUGCAGGGAGAUCACAGGCGGCGGAGCGAUGAUGACCUCUGGGAUGACAGAGUCGACGAAGAGAUUCGCAAGGUGCUGGACGGUGCAUUUGCUUCCCCAGAGCAGACCGGGCAGCCGAAGCUUGACCUGAGGUCCCCACCCCCCAGCCAUCCCUUCGCGAGGAGAAAUGUGUCCGCUGUGUACUUCCGCAACUCGCCAAGCCUGCUGCUCACGAACCUCCCUGAACGCAACGAGCCCGGUCUAACGAAUGCACAGACUUUGCUGGCGGAGAACAAGCAGCUGCACGCAUCGGGGCAUGGGCAGGACCAGGUGCAGACGCGCGCGACUGCACUCAUCGGGCCUUCAGGAGCAGGGAAGUCCCGCACGGCGCUCGAGGCGUGCUGCCAUGAGUAUGGCUUUUACCUGAGCUUCUCGACGGAGAAGGAGCCCGGGACGAACAUCCUGCGGCAGGCAAUGCACCGAUUGGAGGAGAAGUUUGCGAACACGUACGAGGAAAUUCAGAGCGAU